AUGAGAGAAUAAAAUAAAAGAAGAAAAUAAAGCAUUAUAAAUGCCUAUAAGAUGAAAUGUAAGGUUAAAAUGCUUAUGUAAAUCUUUAUAAGGCUAGAAACACUAAAAGUGAAUAGAGUAAUAUUUUCAAGAGUUUUGUUAAUAGUGAUGGCUAUAAAUUUAUAAAUAAUGAUCUUAAGAAGAAAAAUGAAACUAUAAAAGUUAAUACAUUACUUUGUAGAUAGCUUAAGUAGUAAAGAUAAUGAAAUCAUUGAAACAUUUAAAUAAAACAAAUUUAUUGGAUGUUUCUCAUAGCACAAACAAUAUUUAUAUAAUAACAGAAUACUAUGA